AAUUCACGACUCAAAAGAACUUCAUGACAUCCUUCAAAUCCAUGGAUUCCUUCUAAAAACUUGCCUACAAUCUAACAACUUCAUCAUCGCCAAGCUCCUCCGGAAAUUCUCUUUGAAUUCUUCUAACAAUAUGUGUUAUGCCAGAUCCCUUUUCGACGAAAUGCCAAGUCCAGACACAUUUCUUUGGAACACCAUGAUUAGAGCUUACCUGAAUUGCACAAACCAUGAUGAGUGUCUGUCUUUAUUUCUCCGGUUACGUCGCCAAGAUCACCUCUUUAUCGACAGUUUCAGCCUGUCUCUUGUGGUUCAAGCGUGUGGGAGGUCGGGUUUUCUUCAGAACGGUCAAACAAUACAUUCCCAGGUGUUGAAACUUGGGUUUGAUGGUGAUUUGUUUGUCCAGACUGGUCUGACUGAAAUGUACGUAAAAUUUGGUUGGAUAGAAUUUGCAAGGAAGGUGUUUAGGGAGAUGAAAAAUCCGGAUUUGGUUUCGUAUAAUGUACUGUUGGCGGAAUACGUAAGGAUUGGAGAAAUGGGUUUAGCACGACAACUGUUCGAUAAAAUGUCUCUAAGAGACUUGGUUUCAUGGAACACCAUGAUUCAUGGUUAUGCCUCACUUGGCCAUGUGGGGUCUGCUCAUACAACACUUGAUGCUUGUGGUGAAAAAGAUUUCUUUUCUUGGAGAUCUACGGUUGGACAAUACUCAAAUAGCAAGCAACCUCAUGAGGCCUUGAGGCUUUUUCAUGAGAUGCAGUUGACUAACUUGUUGCCUGAUAAAAUCACCAUUAUCAGUGUGUUGUCUGCAUGUGGAGACUUAGGUGCUUUAGGUAUGGGCAGAACUGUCCACAAGUACAUAGAAAGAAACAGAAUUGAAGUAGACGUUAAGCUCGGGACUUCCCUUGUUAACAUGUAUGCAAAGUGUGGGGAUAUCGACAAUGCAUCAAAGGUUUUUAACGGCAUAAAAAAGAGGGAUGUGUUUUUAUGGAGUGCAAUGAUCAUGGGGCUCUCGAACCAUGGCUAUGGUGAAGUUGCACUCGAUCAUUUCGAUAAUAUGAUAUCUGAAGGAAUUAAACCAAACGGUAUCAUCUUUAUAGGCGUUUUAAGUGCAUGCAGCCAUGUCGGUUUGGUAAAUAAGGGAUGGAAAUACUUCAGUGCUAUGAGUGACGAAUAUGGACUAACUCCUGAAAUCGAACAUUAUGGUUGCAUGGUUGAUAUUCUGAGUCGAGCUGGAUGUCUAGAUGCAGCCAGAGAGUUGAUCAGAAAUAUGCCAUUUGAACCAGAUCCAAUAGUUUGGAGAGCAAUUCUUGGAGCUUGUAAGAUCCAUAAAAAUGUCGAAUUGGCUGAAGAAGCUACGACCAAAAUACUUUCACUGGAAGCUCAUGCAGAUGGAAACUAUGUGCUUUUAUCAAACAUAUAUUCCCAAGCCAAGAAAUGGGAGAAAGUUGUGGAUGUUAGAAGGAAGAUGAAAGAAAACAAAAUCCAAAAGGUUCCUGGGAGCAGUUCAAUUGAGGUUGGGACUGCAGUUCAUGAAUUUGUUGCUGGUGACAGAUGACACCCGAGAUCCAGAGAGAUCCACCAAAUGUUAGUCGAUAUUAUUAGUAGAUUAAAACAUGAGGGAUAUGAAAUUAUGAAUCUCUGAUAACUUCAGUUUCACAAAAUAUCGAUGAAAAAGAGAGAGGGUGUUUUAGCACAUCAUAGCGAAAAGCUAGUAAUAGCUUUCGGGCUUCUUAGCACAGCUCAAGGGUCAUGUAUUGACGUUGUUAAGAAUCUCCGAGUUUGUGACGACUGUCCUGUUGUCUUGAAGUUAAUAUCAAAGAUCUACAACAGGAAGAUCAUCGUCAGAGAUCGAAAUCGCUUCCAUCAUUUUGUCUCUGGCUCGUGCUCAUGUAAGGAUUACUGGU